AUGUCCGAACGUCCAGCAAAACGGCGUCGUGUAGAGUUGUCACUGGACGAUAAAGUUAAAAUUAUUAACAAAUACGAAAGUUUACCCAAACCAACAUUACAGUCACUAAGUGAUUCAUUUGGCAUUGGAAAAUCGACUGUAUCUGACAUAAUCAAGAAAAGGGACACCUAUAAAUCGCAGUACGAGAAUAAUGCAAAUGUGGGUAAACGAAGGUUUAAUAACGCAUGUAAAUUUGACCGACUCAACGAACUCGUUUGGCAGUGGUUUUGUCAAGCACGUGCGAAAAACAUUCCGGUCAGUGGCCCAAUAAUUGAAGAGAAAGCAAGUGCAUUUGCGAAGGAAUUGUCAAUUACGGACUUUAAAGGAUCUAGUGGUUGGUUGGACCGAUGGAAAGCGAGAUAUUCUAUCAAAGGAUUUAAGGUUAGCGGUGAGAGUGCAGGCGUUGACGGUGCAGUGGUAGAAAACUACCGCGAGAGAAUUCCAGAGAUUGUUGGGGAUUAUUCACCAGAAGAUGUUUAA